UGUCUCCGUUCUGUCUCCCUUCCGACUUCACACCUGUAGCCUCUUCCUUCCACUGCAUUUUUCUGUAAAGGAUAGAGAGGUGGAAGCUGGCGGAGAGAUAUUUACCGGAAGAUGGCGGUCCGCAUCUGGGCGAAGCGUGUCAGCGUACAGCUCGAUGACGAGGCGAGGGCGCGCCUCCGCGGCGACGACGCACGGGGCGUCGCGGGCUACGCUAGCAGCGGCAGCGACCACGGGACCACCACCUGCCUCUCUGGCCUCGUUCAUGCCUUCCUCGAGACCGGGGGCGGCGAUAGCACCUCCUCCGCCGCUGCCGACUACGGAGGUGGCGGGGAAUCCGACCAUGACGAGAACCUCGAGGACCUCGAUGUCGCCGAGGACCGGGAUCGUGCCGCUUCGGAGACUGUUCGGGAGCUGAUGAGCUCGACGGCCGAGAAGGACUCGUUUCGCACUCGGCUGGCGACUGACGUCUCGAAGGCGGCGGAGGGUGUCGCCUGGCUGAGGUCGAGCUGCGGCGCCGCAGCCUUCAGGCGGGCGGUGAUGGCGCGGCUGAGGGCCGCGGGGUACAAUGCCGGGAUCUGCAAGGCGAGGUGGAACGCCUCCGGGGGAUUGGCGGCGGGGAAUUACGAGUACAUCGACGUGGUGGUGGCGCCGGGGGACGGGGACGGCCAGGGCAGGAGGUACAUCGUGGAUCUGGAUUUCGCGGCGGAGUUCGAGGUGGCGAGGCCGACGGAGGCGUACAAGGGCGUGGUGGCGUGCCUGCCGCGGGCGGCGGUGGCAGGGGAGGAAGCGGUCAGGCAGGUGGUACGGGCGGUGGCGGACGCGGCGCGGAGGUCGCUGCGAGCACGCGGCCUACACGUCCCGCCGUGGCGGAAGAGCCGCUACAUGCUCGCCAAGUGGCUCGGGCCCUACCGGCGGACCACCAACCCGGUGCCGACCUCUCUCACCGCCACCGCACCGGGCGGCGACGUCAAGCGCCGUGCGGUAGGCUUCCCCACGGCGGGCCCACCUGCCUGAACCCGUUAAGAGGAAAUCGACGGCCGCGGCGAAUAGUAACAAGCUUUUUUUCUUCCUCUCGUCUUCUUUUUGGCGUGUAUACGCGGCGACCGACUAACGGGGUAACGUGGCAUGACGUGUUUGAAUGUCGUCUCGUGGUUGGACACCCCGCGGUGCGUCCCGAGAAGACGUAUUUCUUUCCUGUGUGUGGAUAAUAUAGAUAAUGUCUUGUCGAGCUACGGAUGUCGUAUUUUUUUCCAUUAUUAUGUUUAUUUUAUUUCAAUGA